AUGUCACGUACAUCGACGAUUGAUAGCUUCAAAAGCUGGUUAAAAGAGAACAAAUGCGAUAUACACCCAAAUUUAGAUAUAAUAUACUCUCCAGAGGGUGGUUACAAGUGGUUAGCUAGAAAUGAUAUCCCAGAAGAUGCAGAGAUAGUAUCAGUAAAUAAGAAUAUAUGUAUAACAGAAUCUACAUGUAAGGAAGCGUUCAAGAACCUCAAUAACGAAGGUCUACCGGAGAAGCUUCUCAUAGCGGUAUACAUUUCCUUACAUUACAUUUACGAUCAAUUGCCAGAGAGCUUGAAAAGUAAACUACAUCAUCGUCGUUACGUCGAUAUAUUACCAGAAAUUGGACAAACACUCACAACGCUCUACUGGACGGAUGAUGAAUUAGAAUAUACAAAACCGACGAGUUUGUUCAAUGCAACCAAGGAGAGAGAGAUACAAUGGAAAUCUGACUACGAGGUUGUUAAGAAGUGGUCAAGGGCCAACGAUGUGGAAGUUUUUACCUGGGACGUAUUCAAACACUCAUUGACAAUGAUUUCUUCGCGUGCAUUCCCUUCUAAGUUGAUCCAGGAUGAUGAAAUAAGCUCACCGAUGUUGGUGCCACUUUGGGAUAUAGGAAAUCAUAAGUCACAAUCAGCUAUCGUAUGGACAGACGUGAAGUACACAGGCACAGAUAACAUUGGUAUGAAAUUACCUCAAGGUGCGCAGAAAGAUAAUGAAGUGUUUAACAAUUAUGGAGGGAAGCCAACAAAUGAGUUACUCCUUGCUUAUGGAUUCGCGGUUGAUAAUAUAAAUUAUGAUGUAGUCCCUUUUAGGAUUGGUGCAGGCGUAUCUCUCUCAGAAUCUAAGAAGGACAUACUUAAGAAGCAUGGUCUGCUGAAUGAAGAUUGUACUCUUAAGACGUUCAACAUAAACCUCAACGAAGGUUUGCCUCUUGGGUUGAAGUUCCUAAUGAGGUUACUCGCUGACGACAAUUUAACCGAUGAAGGCUCUAGUUCUCUCGAAGAGUUAGAAAAUAAGCCAUCAAACAAUCCAGAUUUAGAAUUUGAUAUUCACGUAUCGCUCUAUCAAAUAUUGGCGGACAAGUCGGAUAGUACAGCAGAAUAUUUAAGCAAGCUAGAAGAGACUGACAUUAGAGAUUCCAUUAAAGAUAUGCUAGUAAGAUUGUUAACCAAUCAACACAAGAUCCUCAAUCAAGCAGUUGACAAAAUAGAAGAGAUAUUAGAGUCCCUGGAUGAGGAAUAAUAUAAUCAAUAUAGAGUAUUGUAAAGUAUUGCAUAUAUGAUGUGUGAAGAAGAGAUCCAUUUCCCAAAUUUAUAAAG